AUGGAGGAGCGGCUACUAACUAAAAAAAAAUCACUGAAGGCCCAGUACAUCCGCGUGGUGGCUCAGAUGCAGGGCUACGACGUGGCCGGCUGCCGCAGCGUGCUGCGCGACGGCGUCGUGCCGUUCCCAAAGCCGGAGUCGGAGGCCGACUCGGCCAUCUACGAGACGCUGAGCGAGUUUCGUGACCUCACAUACGGCCACCUGGAGGUGGAGGUGCGCUCCGACCACGGCUACGGACUCGUACCAGUCGCCGCCUCCGGCUCGUGCGGCAUCGUCAGGCUCGUCGGCUCGUCGGGUGGGUCGCCGCAGAAGCUGAGCCCCAACUCGGAGACGUCGACGCCGGACGAGCGGCCCGCCAGCGAGAUCGAGAACAAACUCUCGCCGACGUUUGUCGCUCAGCUGCACGACAUGCUGCAGAGGAAGACGAACGGCCCUAAGCCUGAGCCGGAGAGCGGCAAGGCCAACGUAAGCUCCCAGCUGGCGGAGAAGAAGCGUGGCAAGAACUUUGACAACUCGGCGUUCCAGAUGGCCCGCAAAGCGGUGGCGCAGGCCCUUCAGAAGGGCCGAACGCAGGAGCCACAGGAGGUCAGCAAGCCUAAGCUGGUGCCGUCCCUCAGUGUGCCAUCCAACAAGCCUGACGUCACGUUGCCCGUGGAGAGGGUUGCUGGCGUUCCGGGGGUGAUACCGCCGCCUCCACCUCUGCCGGGCCAGGUGACAUCUGCCACAUCUAAACCGGCAGCCCCGCUGCUCAAGAUCAGCCCUCCGAAGGCUCUUCAAUCGGACCUGAAAAAGAAACUUGAGGCAAAGAAAAGCAGCAUACAAGCGGAAAAAAAUGAGCCGAAAAAGAAGCGCACGGCGCCGAGGCCGCCAGAUCGGUCAUUUUCACUGCCUGGCUUCGGGAACUCCCGACUGGAUAUAGCCAAGGCCUUUGAGGAAUUUAAGCGCAAUGAGGCCAAUAAAAAGCAGGAAGCACUAUUGAAGAAAAAGAAGAGCAAGUACGUCGACAAGUUGGAUCUCAAAGACUACAAGAACUUAAAGUCUAACUCGGUGGAAGAGGAGAUGCUGACAAUCGCCGCUGAGUCCGUCGACGCCGUAAAGUCUGACUUGGAGCAGCGGCUUCCAAUGAAGAGUUUCCUCAGCGAGGAUUCAUCGCCCGCAUGCCAGGCUGAGGCGUCUUGCGAUACAGGUGCGGCGAACGACACGGAUGCGGUUCCUACCAGGCCGACGCUACCCGACGCUGAGCCCACCGUCGACAGAAGCUCAGACCUGUCGGAUGACGACGAGCCCGCACCGGAGGUGCCUGCCCGAUCGACGUCCAUCGCGGGCGAGGACCGCAGCGCACCUCACGUCACCCCGACGACCUCCCGAAGCCGGAGGUGGACCCGGAACGGCAUCGAGCGGCACAGCGAGCCCAGCUUCGAGUGCGUGCUGGAGGAGCGCGCCGAGCCCCUGCCGCCCAAGCCGAAGCCGCUGACGAAGAAGCCGCUGGUGCUGCGCAGCGCCGUGCAGCGGGCCGCCGUGGUGCCUGACGAGCAGACGGAGCAGCUGGCGGCGCCGCGGCCGCGCCCCGUCGCCUGCAAGGUGACGGUGGGCGGCUCACAGGUGAUCCAGAUCGCGACGGACGGCUCGUGGGCGGUGGGCGAGCGCGGCGGACGCGGACGGGCCGUCACCGUCACCGAGGUGGAGCGGCAGUUCGAGGAGCUGGAGCGGGCCGAAGCCGGUGAGGUAGAGCCCGACUACCGACGCGGAGAUGAACCGCACCAGGCCGACUCGACCGGUCAGCCGACGACAAGCUGCCCUGAUCCGCCGUCGCCGCCGCCGCCGGCGUCGGUCGACGUGGACGAUGCCGGCACAACGAUCGCAGUCGCAAGUGUGGAGAGCCUGUCGAUCAUCGCCAACAAGAACAAAACGAAGCACUUCCUCGAGGCUCGACUGCAGGAGGGUCUGCGGGACCUCGAGCCCAUCACGACCAGCACCAGCACCAGCACCGGCGCCAGCGGUCAGUGCAGCAUCGGCGUCACCACCGGCACCAGCACUGAACCCGCCAAGAUGGCCGCGCAGGAGGCCAUCUCGCCGCCGCCCGGCUUUGACGACUCUCCUGCCACGGAAGGCGUCGAGUUUGAAGAGUUCGACAUGGACUGGGCGCCGCGGCGACCGGCCGCACCGCCCGUGCGCUCCUACAUGUUCGGCGAGGCGCUGGGCGCGCGCGCACCGCCGCCGCCCGCCUCGCCCUCCUACCGCGACCUGUUCUCCGCCGACGAGGCCGCCUCGUCCGGCUCGGCGGCCAGCCUGGACGAGGCGCGCCAGGACAGCGCCUGCGGGACGGGCAGCCUGCGCCGGCGCGAGGAGGAGCUGCGCCAGCUGCGCGAGAAGACGCUUGGCGUGCAUGAGGAGCCGCUCUCGGGUUACGGCAGCGAGGAGCGUGAGAGCUUCACCGAGGAGCCGCCAGGGUGA